CCAUACACCUCUCCACAUUGCUCAAUCUAAUACCUUCUCACUCUCUUAUCUUAGAACCUUAUCUUGGGAUCAUGUCUCUGCAUUCUUUUUUCCUCUUCAAGUCACUCCACUUCUCUCUCCUCAUCAUUAUCAUUAUGAUUGGUUUUACAAGUCCUUCCAUUAGUGCACAGGGUCCACCUUCACCUGGCUACUAUCCAAGCUCUAGGUUUGGGUCCAUAGGGUUUGAUCAAGGAUUUAGAAACCUGUGGGGCCCUCAGCACCAAAGGCUCGACCGGGGCUCGUUGACAAUUUGGCUCGACAAGAGUGCAGGAAGUGGGUUUAAGUCUCUUCGCCCAUAUCAGUCUGGUUAUUUCAGUGCAUCCAUCAAGCUACAACCUGGUUAUACUGCAGGAGUUGAUACCUCUUUCUAUCUCUCCAACAAUGAAGCCCACCCAGGCAACCACGACGAGAUCGACAUCGAGUUUCUGGGAACAACACCAGGCAAGCCUUACACUCUUCAGACCAACGUCUUCGUCAGAGGAAGUGGCGAUGGAAACGUCAUCGGAAGAGAGAUGAAGUUCCACCUCUGGUUCGAUCCGACCCAAAAUUUCCACAACUAUGCCAUUUUGUGGACGCCUAGUGAGAUCAUAUUUCUUGUGGACGAUGUACCUAUCAGGAGGUACCCGAGAAAGAGCGACGCGACAUAUCCCUUAAGGCCGAUGUGGGUGUACGGAUCGAUAUGGGACGCGUCACCUUGGGCCACCGAGAACGGCAAGUACAAGGCGGAUUACCAGUACGCACCGUUCGUGGGCAGGUACACCAACUUCAGGCUAAGCGGGUGCACCUCCGGCGGCUCCUGCAACCCGCCCUCCGUCUCGCCGUCGGGAGCUGGCGGCCUGAGCCGGCAGCAGAACUCGGCGAUGGCGUGGGUGCAGAGGAACCACAUGGUCUACGACUACUGUUCGGACCCCAAAAGAGACCACACGCACACGCCCGAGUGCUGAAAAGGAGCCUGGAAAUUCGGACUCGGAGUGAGCCAAUUGUAUUUUCUCUCCUCUUCUUUUUUUUUUUCCAUUGAUUGCUAGAAAUGGUUUGGUUUUUAGUUUUCAAACAGUUUGACUUUGGAGGCUCGUGAGAUGGGUCCAAACUUGCCCCGACAGAGAAAAAAAAGUAGGUGCAAGAGUGGGGUUGAGCGUCCAUUGCCUUCAAGAAUUAAGGGUCGGUCGUAUUGCGUGUUCGAAUAAAUUUAUGAUUUGAAGUGUUCGUUUGCUGCC